AUGGCGUGGUGUGAUUCGGGUUCAUCUGCGUCUCUGGAGGAGUUCCUUCGUGCGGCAGGCAUGGCUGAACAGACGGAGCGCGCUUUUCAGAAGCAGCAGGGAGUCUUCCUCUGCGGCGACUACUCAGCGAAGAAGAAGCUGAGGACCCCGGGCAAGGCGGGUAACCGUUACUACAAGAACGUGGGGCUGGGCUUCAAGACGCCCCGCGAGGCCAUCGAAGGCACCUACAUCGACAAGAAGUGUCCCUUCACGGGCAACGUGUCGAUCCGCGGGCGCAUUCUGUCGGGCACGGUGCUGUCGACCAAGAUGAACCGCACCAUCACCAUCCGCCGCGACUACCUCCACUUCGUGCGCAAGUACCAACGGUACGAGAAGAGGCACUCGAACCUGUCGGCGCACGUGUCGCCGUGCUUCCGCGUGAAGGAGGGGGAUCAGGUCAUCGUGGGGCAGUGCAGGCCGCUGUCGAAGACGGUGCGAUUCAACGUGCUCAAGCGCGACACUCCCUCCGUCCCCCGCCUUUCCCCCCCCGCUCCCCCUCGUGCUGUUGAAUUACUCCGCUCCCCUCCCUCCCACCUCCACCUUCCUCCUCUUCUUUUCUUUCCCUUGAAAGCCUUUUUUCUUUCCUUUCCCAUCCCCUUUCCACCCCUUGUAAAAUUUUGGGAGGACAUCCCACACAAAGUGAGUCAAGAUGAGUUCGGAGGCGGUGCCCGAGCCAAGAACAAGCUCAUCCGCAAGAUCAUCCACCAACGCGCCGCCGCCUAUGACAAGUCGUACGCGCGCAAGGAGCGCGAGCUGGUGGAGCUGAAGCGUGAGGCGAAGCUGAGCGGCGGCUUCUACGUGGAGCCCGAGCCCAAGCUGCUCUUCAUCAUCCGCAUUCGUGGUGUGAACGACAUGCACCCCAAGACGCGCAAGAUUCUGCAGCUCCUGCGCCUUCGCCAGAUCUUCAACGGAGUGUUCCUGAGGGUCACCAAGGCCACUCUGCAGAUGCUGCGAUUGGUGGAGCCCUACGUCACCUACGGCUACCCGAACCUGAAGUCGGUGCGUGAGUUGAUCUACAAGCGCGGGUACGGCAAGGUCAGGCACCAGCGCAUCCCCCUCACUGAGAACUCGGUCGUCCAAAAAGUGCUGGGGCAGAAGAAGAUUCUGUGUGUGGAGGAUUUGAUUUACCAGAUCUUCACGACGGGCCCGCACUUCAAGGUGUGCAACAACUUCCUGUGGCCGUUCAAGCUGUCGGCGCCCAACGGUGGCAUGAAGAAGAAGCGCCUGCACUUCGUGGAGGGCGGCGAUGCUGGUAACCGUGAGGACAAGAUCAACGCGCUCAUCCGGCGCAUGAACUAA